UAUGCUACUAGGAGGCUAUGUUGUAUCUGUACCCUCACAUACUUCUGGCCCACCCACACUUUGUUGAAUUUUGAUAAGAAAAAUAUUGGUUUGUGUUCAUCGUAAGCACGUAUCAUUGCCAUAUAUUCUACAGUUAUGGUUGUGCGUCGAAACAAUUCGCGCUGUGAACGUGAUUUCAGUUCUUUCUCUAUCGUAUUGUCAAUGUGAAACGAGUGUUUGCUGUGGUUUCGUCAGCGGGUGUUAACACCAGAAACAGUUACGUGUUUUGCAAUUAAUUCGUCCGCCCACUCGACCGUCGGUAGAAGCGGGUGUACGCGGUGUGCGUGAUGAUACUGGGUGGUAGAUAGUGCAGUUGAUUCUGGACAAAUUUGGAUAUGUCGCUCCAGAAAAGUGUUAAAAGUGCCGGAGGGGAUCGGAGUGAGCAGGCGGAUACCACCUCUAUAUGUUCCUCGGUGACCACCCAGCCUGACAGGCAUGGGUUUUUCGGAGGAGCACAAUACAGUCCAGAACCCAAAAGGACAGUGUCUCCGAGCACGAUACUGAAGCGCGAGCAGAAAUGGCUGCGCAUGCUCAACAAGUGGGAGGCCUUCAUGAGCAAGAACUACAAGAAAGUGCGGGAGAGGUGUAGAAAAGGUAUACCAGCAUCAGUGCGCCCCAGAGCGUGGCUUUACCUCUGUGGAGGAGAGCUCCUCAUGAAGAAACACCCGACAGAGUACGAGGACUUACUCGCAGCCCCCGGCGACCCUAAAUGUAUGGACGACAUCAGGAAAGACCUUCACAGGCAGUUCCCCUACCAUGAGAUGUUCAUCAGGGAAGAAGGACCUGGCCAACAAGAGCUCUUCUCAGUACUGAAAGCGUACUCGGUGUUCAACCCGAAGGUGGGCUACUUCCAGGCGCAGGCGCCAGUGGCCGCCUUCCUGCUUAUGCACAUGCCCGCGGUGCAGGCCUUCUGGUGCCUCGUCAGCAUCAGCGACAAGUACCUCAGCGGGUACUACAACCCGGGGCUGGAGGUAUUACAACGAGACGGCGACAUCCUCCACGCGCUACUCCGCCGCACGGCGCCCGCCGUCCACCGGCACCUCGUCAAGCACAAAGUAGAGCCCGUCCUAUACGCCACGGAAUGGUUCCUAUGCGCGUUGACGCGCACGCUGCCUUGGGACAGUCUGCUGCGUGUCUGGGAUUGUUUUCUAUGUGAAGGGGUUAAGGUUUUAUUCAAAGCUGCCUUAGUGAUCCUCGCAGGCGCGCUAGGCCCAGCCAAGGUCCGCAAGCGCGCUGCCGGGCUCUGCGAGACGCUGGAGGUGCUCCGCCACCCGCCGGAGAGCAUCCUGGGCGAGGAGUACCUCAUGUACCACAUGCAGCGGCUGGGACUCACUGAGGAGGACUUCGAGUUCGAGCACCAGAGGCAGACUGCGCGUCGGCGGGCGAUGGCUAAUAGGAGUGGCAGCUGAUUCAGCGACUGUUCCUACAGACGUUAUUCCAAGAAUAACGCCCGGGACAUAUUCAACACGCUAUGAGCUACCACGGUUCACCUGCGAACGAACUACUUAGUGUAUGAUAGUGAUAGUGGUGUGACUGAGCGCUUUCGGAUAACGGUAUGACAGUUCCGUUAUUUUUCACGAUAACGUUAUUAACGAGUUUUUGAAAUGAGAAACAGUAGUGUGGAAAGAUUUUUUAAGCUACCAUUUUGUUUAAAUUACUUGUAGAAGAUUAGGAAUCGGCAAUAUAGCUUUUAUUUUGUGUUGUUUUUAAAAAUUCAGGUCCCUUAAUUAAAAAAAAAAAACAGAUUUUUACUAUAGGACGUGAAUUUAAAUAAAAAAUCUAGUAAUUUAAAUGUUGAAACUACUUUCAGAAGGUUUCAAUUCCUAUUUAUGUUGUUUAUGAGUAAUAAAAUUAUAUUUUCUCGAAUUUGAUGGUGUUUGUGGCAUAAUAAUGGUGAAGAGUGUGUGCAAUAAAUUUGAAGUAAACUUUGUAUUGCUCAUAAAAGAUAUAUUUUGUUCAGUAUUCGUUUUAUAUAAUUUUUAAAUAAAAAGUUAACCAAGAUCGGUAUUCCUUAUGUAGAAACUUUUAAUUAAGUAAGAAAGAAAUGCCUGUGGUGAAGAUGAACAACUUAUAAAAAAAAUGCAUUAAGUGAUUACACUUAUAUUGACCGGGAUAUAGACCGUGAUUACCUUUUUGAUUUUUGUCGAACUCCCU